CCUGAUUUUAAAACAGAAUCUUCUCCCCUAUUUCUCUCUUCCAAAUCUCCCCUGAAAAACCCCUAACCCUCAGAAAUUUCUUCUUUCUUCCGCCGCCAACAGUAGAUUGAUCGUAGAAUCGCGGCGCGAUGUUGGAACUCCGUCUGGUGCAGGGAUCCAUAUCGAAGAAGGCGGCCGGUGCGAUGGAGGAUCUGAUCAGUGACGCCAACUUCGAUUGCUCGUCGACGUCGUUCGGUUAUCAGACCAUGGGUUUGAGCUUAUGGCCCUCCUACUCAGCGAUGAAGGAGCACUGCCGCUACGACCGACCUUCGGUAACAGAGGAUGAAAAUCCAUCUAGUCGGGAUGAAUCUCAGGAACCUGGCGACUGUGCUAAAAUUUUCCGGCGACUGUGAUAAAAUUUUCCGACGAUGGCAGUGACAGUCUUUUGGUUUCUGUUACUCUCGUAUAUAUUUCAGGUUGGGCUGAAAUGUGGGCCUAUUUAGAAUUCUUGAUCUUGAGGAACUAUAUAAGUACCUCUUGCUUUUCCAAUUCAGUUUUCCUUCGUUGCUUUUGAUUCCCAGCUUGCACAGUAGAAAGAACCUUCCAUUCGUCAAGUUCAGCAAGUAGGGAGUUUGCCACUUACACUCUGGUAGAUAGCAACAACCUUCAUUCAUCAAGGUGAGGCUGAAUAUAGUCUUGAAUCCAUCUAUCUUGCAUGGUUACUUCCCUUCUUCAUUCUAUCGCUUGAAUCCAUCUAUCUUUCAUUCAUCCUGGUUAGAAUACAGUAAGUAGAUUGCUUUCCAUGUUGAGGAAAGUUUUAGUGCUUUGAAUUGAUACUCAUUCUGGUUUCAAACCCUUUCUUCGCCCAUGUUUAAGCAUUCAUCCAACUCAUCAUUUCUUGGUUAUCUGUUGUGACUAUCUUUUCUGUUUCAAACCCUUCUUGAUCCAUCGUUAAGGAAAGUUUUAGUGCUUUGAAUUGAUACUCAUUCUGGUUUCAAACCCUUUCUUCGCCCAUGUUUAAGCAUUCAUCCAACUCAUCAUUUCUUGGUUAUCUGUUGUGACUAUCUUUUCUGUUUCAAACCCUUCUUGAUCCAUCGUUAAGGAAAGUUUUAGUGCUUUGAAUUGAUACUCAUUCUGGUUUCAAACCCUUUCUUCGCCCAUGUUUAAGCAUUCAUCCACCUCAUCAUUUCUGGUUUCAAACCCUUUCUUCGCCCAUGUUUAAGCAUUCAUCCAACUCAUCAUUUCUUGGUUAUCUGUUGUGACUUUCUUUUCUGUUUCAAACCCUUCUUCAUCCAUCGUUGGUGAGGAUCAAAGUUAGUGGGACCCAGAUUGCUAUGCAAGAAUUGUUGUGAUAUUGACAUGUUUAAGUAUAGCUUCAUUUUGAGUAUAUGUUCUAUGUUCUUGCUGGAAGAAUCUACUGUUGAUAUUGGAUUGUUAUUGCCAUUUACAGGGUUUUUAAGUUCCUCUUUGAACAAGAAGAAUGCCACCCAGGAGACUUAGAGCAGCCCGACCUUCGGAUCUUGGUGCCGAUGCACCUUUGGCGGUGGACUGGACGGAUGAAGGGUGGUUACAGCGAGCCGUGGAUGGUAAAAUCAUUCUCCCUAGUCCCAUUAGGGAUCAAUCUGAUCUAGCAACUUGUGGCUGUCACGCCGUCGCGGCUGCUUUGGAAGCGGCUCAUAACAUAUUGAACCGAGACAAGGAGCCAGGAACAACUCAGUCUAGAGAGCCAUUACCCCUACCGCCCUGGCAAAAAGUUCCAUCCACAGAGAAACUAAAUCCCUCAAAAGUUGUCGGAAUCAGGAAGAUCGAAAAAUUUGAGACUGUUGUUGAGUCAGAGAUACUUAAGCUGGUCGAGCGGCAGCCCGUCAUAAUGAUCUUGAAUCUCAGGAGCGCGUUUGAGAACUGGAAAUCAUCUGGAGUCUACAAAGGACCGGAUCCUGGGAUCGAGAAAAACAAUGGCCAUGCUGUACUCAUCGUCGGGUACGGAACCACAAACUCUGGUAUCAAUUUCUGGAAGAUCAAAAAUUCAAGUGGCAAGCACUGGGGAGAAGAUGGAUACUGCAAGAUCUGUAGAGCCUCAAGAAAUAUUUUAAUUUUGCAUGUUGCUGCAUUCAGUUAGAGGUUGUCUUUCUUAUCAAGAAAUUAGAAUAAUUAAUGGCUUUGGUCAUGAUUUAUUCCAGAAAGCAUGUUAUGAUCUCGAGUAAUUGGCGGAUGAUGACAAGAGGAGUAACUGGAUGUGCAAUAUUUAUGGAAAAAUUUUCUAGGAUUGCCUAUUCUAUAUGAAGUUAUGAGAUUUAAAUUCUGAAAAUUGAAUGAUCGUUGAGGAGCUCAAUCACAAUCCAUACAAUUUAAUGGAGGAACUCAAUAGAUUGUAUCCAAAAUUGGAUUUAGAGCAGAGAAAUACAUUCGAUGAAAUUGU